AUGGCGGUGUGGUGGGGAUCUCAGUUGAAUGUGUUUCCCGGAUCACCCUGUCCUAUCUUGUCCUUGGCCCCUGGAACGCACCAUCUACACCCUGCUCCUCCCAGCCCGGUCCUGUUGUCCUCCCGGCCCCCCACCACGUCUGCGGAGUGGGUGCCGGCCCCCUCCCCUGGGGGCACCAGUGAGGAGCUGAACGAGCCUCUGGACAAGCCUCUGGAGAAUGAUGCGGAGGGCGUGUGGAGCCCCGACAUCGAGCAGAGCUUCCAGGAGGCCCUGGCCAUCUACCCGCCCUGCGGACGCAGGAAGAUCAUCCUCUCCGAUGAAGGAAAGAUGUACGGACGGAACGAGCUGAUAGCACGGUACAUCAAGCUACGCACAGGGAAGACACGGACAAGAAAGCAGGUGUCCAGUCACAUCCAGGUGCUAGCGCGACGGAAGGCCCGGGAGAUCCAGGUGAAGCUGAAGGUACGCUACGACCAGCAUGCCAAAGACAAGGCCCUCCAGAGUAUGGCCACCAUGUCCUCUGCCCAGAUCAUCUCCGCCACCGCCUUUCAGAACAAGAUGGCUCUCCAGGGGCUGUCCAGGCCGCCGUAUGCCACUGCCGGCGGGUUUUGGCAUGGCGGCCUUCCAGGACAGCCUAGGGGUCCUGAAGACAUUAAGCCCUUUUCCCAGCAGAGUUACGCCAUGCAAGCGUCCGGCCCGCCCCCCAUAACAGGCUAUGAGAGCACGGCAGGCCUGUCCAUGUCYCCGGGRACCCCCCCGUGGCAGGGACGCAGUAUCGCCAGCUCCAAGCUUCGCAUGCUAGAGUUCUUUGCUUUCCUGGAGCAGCCUCAGGACCCAGAGACCUUUAACAAGCACCUGUUUGUGCACAUCGGUCAGUCCAACCCCACCUUCAGUGAUCCGUACCUGGAGGCAGUGGACAUCCGGCAGAUCUACGACAAGUUCCCUGAGAAGAAGGGAGGGAUGAAGGAGUUGUUUGAGAAGGGGCCGCCCAACGCUUUCUUCCURGUCAAGUUCUGGGCUGAUCUGAGUGCCAACCUGCAGGACGACAGCAGUUUCUUCUACGGCGUGUCCAGUCAGUACGAGAGCUCUGAGAACAUGAUCAUCACCUCCUCCACCAAGGUCUGCUCCUUCGGAAAGCAGGUGGUGGAGAAAGUAGAGACGGAGUAUGCACGGUUUGAGAAUGGGCGGUAUGUGUUCAGAAUCCACCGGUCCCCACUGUGUGAAUACAUGAUCAACUUCAUCCACAAGCUCAAACACCUGCCAGAGAAGUACAUGAUGAACAGUGUACUGGAGAACUUCACCAUCCUACAGGUGGUGACCAACAGGGACACACUGGAGACCCUGCUGUGUAUAGCCUAUGUCUUUGAGGUGUCUACUAGUGAGCAUGGAGCCCAGCACCAUAUUUACAGGCUUGUCAAAGACUGAGAGAGCCCUGUGGACAGAGCACCACUAUAGCACAACAACAACAACCCCAACAUUGGACAAUCUCCUCUAUAAGCUGCAAGCACCAUACGAUUGUCUGUCAGGACCCAAAGAAGCACUAGGAGAGUUGGUUGCCCAGUGAAACUACUGUGGAGGUGGAUUGUGAACUUUACAACUGUGUGAUGUGAAAGUGAGGAGCACAGGGUGGGAACCUUCAUUGUGGUAUAUCUAUAUGUACCAGAGGAGACACACGUCAAGACGAUGCAUGAGAAAGUUGAUUUUCAUCUCAUUUUACUAGUGCUUGCUUGUUUGAUUUAGUUUAUUUUACGCAGCUGCAUGAGCGGGAUUGUGUUUGGUUGUCCAUGGGCGACACCUAAUGACUUUUAAUGUAUAUUGCACACAGAAGAAAGAAAAGAGGGCAAGAGGACAAAAAAAGAACUAUAAACCCCAAGACUGCACAUCCAUGUCGUUGUUUUUGGUGCCAAUAUUUGUGUUAUGAGUAAAUGUCAUGUACAGUACCCAUCUUCACUGAAAAAGAAUCCCAAUGGAAAAUAACAGGCAAAUGAAAAAUAAAUAUUGUAUUCACCUGGUUUAAAUUAUGCAAUUAAAUGCCGAACUAACCUUG